AUGUUUUCGAAGGUGUUGUGUUUAAUCCCCGUGCUGGUCAUGGUAGCUGCUGAAUUUGAACACAACCACUACCACAGUCACAGUUACGGACAUUCGUCACAGCAUAUCUCUAGACACGAUGGACCCGCCGAACCUGUGUUCGUGCACGGUCACGGACACGGUCACGGUCAUGGGCAUGAGGAACAUCACUACGAUUAUUAUAUCGCCUUAUCUCUUGCUAUAUUCGCGGUUGCCGCAGCCCGCCCACAACAUAGCAAUGGACAACAACACGGAUUGUCCUCUCAAAGUCUAGUAUUACAUCAGAGUGGACAUGACCAACAUAGCUACAAUCAUCAGCAAGUGGCGCAACAAAACCAACAUGAAGAGCUUCACAAGCAAGAUCACCACGAGGACUACUAUGGGCGGAGAGUUAUUUCAUGUUUCAUUUUACAGGCGUAUCCCAAGUAUGCGUAUGAGUACUCUAUAAAGAACCCCCACACUGGUGACUACAAGACCCAGCACGAGACCCGCGACGGUGACGUCGUUAAAGGGUUCUACUCGCUGCAUGAGGCUGACGGUACAGUGCGCAUCGUCGAGUACACUGCCGACAAACACAACGGAUUCAAUGCUAUCGUGAAACACGAAGGUCAUGCUAAACAUAUUAUUCCGGAGCAGAAGCACCACUGA